GUACUUCCACUAAUCUAAUUUAAAAAAAGGAGGGAGAACUCAUUUUCCAAAGGAAUUUUCUCCCGCGAAGAAGGGAAGAAAUAGAAAAUUUCAAUGGAAAUUUCUUCCACUCGAAAGCUCUGUCGAAGUCUAAUCGCUUGUGCAAUUCGAAGAUGCCGGAUCUCGGAAAAUCCCUGCAGAUUAUCCGUUCUUCUAAAGAUCUCUCCCGAUUCCGAUCCCCCGCUCGCUCGAAUCGCAAUUUCAGAUACGGGCGUUGGAAGCAGCUUGGCGGAGUUCCAAGACGUUGAGCAUGGAAGGAAACAGAUUUCUGUCGAAAAUUGGGAUGGAGUGCUUUUCAUCACAACCACAAGCAUAUGUGACAAAGAAGUAUAUCAUUACCGCUUAAAUUUGAAAGAAACCGUUGCUAAGAAAAAGCUGGCAAGGUUGCCUUCAACACCCAAGAAGGAUGGGAAGUUCAGUGGCACUGAAGUAUCGUUUUCGACUCAUGAAAGCAUCCCUGACUUUGUGGCAUGGAUCACUCGCUUAUGCCGAGAGAUAGUCAUCAUAAAAGUUCCGUUCUUGGACUUCCUCCAGAAAGUUGUGGUUGAGUUGGUAGUUGAACAUAUGAACAAUUCUGGAUCAAGAUGCGAACAGCUUCUUCAGGCAAACGAGGGAAUUAUUCUACCUUCUUCGAUGCCAAAUAUUGAACGUCUAACUUCGGGCCUUGAAGAUUUUGUUCUUAGGCAUGGAAAUGCCCUCGAUAAAGAGUGUCAGGGUUGCUUCUUAAGUAGAGAACAUUUAAAGGUUGGAAGUGGAGUGGCAGAUGGUGGGGAUAGUGUCAAAAGUACAGGACAGAUUAUGGAAGUUGUGAUUGUAAUAACAGAAGUACCCAAAUCAUUGAAUCCUCCAUGCUUGACGGCAUGCGGUAAAUCAACAGAGGUUCUAUUUUUUCAAGACUUUUCACCUUGUUCGAUCCCGCAGUCAUCUUUGACCGCAUUGGCAAGCAUUGACUGGCAAAACUAUGGCUUGGCAUUGAGAACCCAUUUUGUGGAUGGAGAUGGCCAUGCAGUGCUACAGUGGGAGGAAUUGCCACCAUUUGCCCAUAUUGACAUUGCCCUGCACAGUUACCAUAUAAAGCCACCACAAACACAACAAAGAAAUCAUGAAUACAAAAACCUUGUAAAGAAAGCUGUUAAGCUUGCAUUGGAUGAUUUGAAGGCAAAGUACCCAGGAAUUCUUCUCAGCCCAAAUGCUCUCAAGAUUCGGAGAUAUGCUCCUGAUCUUUCAAGAGCAAUCGCUGGGCUAAUAUCAUCGUCCAAUGAUUUGGAGUUCCGAGCAGAAUGUGUCUCUCUUCUUGGGUUGGACCCUCUAGGCACCAUCGAACAAGGGAAAAUUGAAUCUUGUAUCACGGAAAAGAUUGGUGAGAUCAUUGCGAUGAAUGAUUGUAAGCCGAAUAGAGGUAGGGGUCAUGGGCCUCUUCUUUUCAGAGAGGAUGGGGUCCACACAGAAGACUACCAAGACGAAGGAGAUGAGGAAUGUGAAGAUAUUAAUAUUUUGGAUCUAUAAAGCUUUAGCUUAUCAUGGAGUUCCUGUAAAAUCAGACUAAGUACUCUCAGUGGCAUGUCAUGUACAUAUCCAUAGGUAGACAGUUGUGGACACUAGCCUCACAAGCCGUCCAUCAUGAGACAGUUGAUCAUGUUGGAUUGUAAAUUCAUCGUACUGCUCUUACAGGAAGAAAAGGAUAGCAAAUUAGUUAACUUCUCUCACUCA